AUGAAUCGCAUGAAGGCUGCUGCGCCGCCUAAUGGCAACCUGAAAGACCAAAAUCUGGCCUCCAACUCCAACCUGCAACUGCGCUCGGGACAAUUUCAAUACUCGGCCGCAGAUCAGCAGCAGCCGCAACCUCCAUUGGCCAACUACACGCUUCCUGGAGUGAUUUCGUACUUGACGCUGGAGUUCACCAACUUGGAGCGGUUCAAGAUUAUGACUAAUUUAGAAAAGUCCGAGAUGAAGUACCGGAUCCAGCAAUUGACAGCUGAGGUCAACUCGCUAAAGUUUCUCAACGACAAACAGGCGUUGCGGAUCACCGAGUUGGAAGAGCGCUUGGAGAGCGCAAAAACAGAAGAUCACGAUGACCAAGGCUCAGAUCAAGUAUCUACUGAGUCUUUUAGUGAAAAAAUGGGGCAAACGGCACCGAAAUCUUCCAAGAAUGCUGUGGCCAGCAAACCGGCUGACUACGACAUUCCUCCGGUCGAUUUGGCCAUCCUCCGCACAUCCAGACAGAAGCUUAACCGCUCCAUCAAAGACGUUUUCCGUCUUCUCAAGCCUCCGUCGAUGCUUGCCCGCAAUGUCAUGGAUAUUCCCGGGUCAGAGCAUGGAACAAACCAGUAUGACGAAUUGUUGGAUAUCCCUACUCAGGAGGACGAGGCGAAGAACUCACGCAUUGAGAGCAUGUUUGCCAAGUACACUCUCAACAGCGAUGAUCUUCUAGUGGACCAGCAAGCCUCGUUUGAAGAGGAUUCCAACAAUAUAAUGGGUGCAUUGGAGGAAGACAACCUAGAGGAAGUAUCUCCAGCAAAUUACCAGAGACACGGCCUUGCAGAAGAGAGCGAUACUGAGACUGUCAUAGUGGACGAGCCAGAGGAGGCUAAGCUUCUUACUAUUGACGAAAGUGAGCUCGUUAACUCGAACCCUGAACCUCCAAUCAAGCUUGGGUCUGUAGUGCAUGUCUCGGCUGCGUUUCUGACAGCCGCAGUCUUCAAGCCGUUUCAGCACUCAUUUGUCAUAAUUCAGGAUAAGACUUUAAAGGUGUGGCACCGCAGUACCCAAAUUCUUUCUGGUGAAAUUAAAGAGUCGUUCACUGACGUAGUGAGUGCGUUUUAUUUGGAAAAGAAGCGUGUGUUAUUAGUGACAAACAAGGGCGAGGUUAUGUUGAUUGAGCAAAAGCCUGAUUUAGAGAUCUUACGCCGUGUGUGUCUUCACAAGGAGGAGUCGCUCCUGUUCAACACCGCAAGCAUUGUAGAGUUCACUCGCAUUGGCUCCAACAGAGUGUUGGGAUUGGCUCUCACAGGUACAGAUGCAGACGGUCAGUCCAAUAUCUUGGCGUUAGAAAUUAAAGUGGCUCAGAAGGUGUCGUGUAAGCCAUUGGCAAACUUCGACCACACCAGCUUAAAGGUAUCAUCUAAGGUGAGUGCGUUACACUGGUGUGAAAACAUGCUGUCGAAGCAACACACCACGGGGCUUCCAAAGUCAGUACUGCCAAAGAAGCAUCGUAAGCUGGUUUCUGUGGAUGAGGACUCAUUGCUAGAGUUUGACAUAUUAUUUGCUCACGAUAAGCUUCUGAGAGUUAACCUCGCACUGAAGGAAGUGGCCGACUUGUACAGCCAUGCAAUUGACUGGGUAGACUUUGCCGAGGGUUAUGCUUUACUUGGAACCGAAUCGAGUGUGAGUCUAUUUGAUCUCGCUGUCAGUAGGGUUGUUUUGACUCAGCCAACGAAGAAUGGCUCACAGUACUCGCUUCUCUACAAAGACAGCCCAUACGUGGUUCAAGUGGACAACGAAAUCCAUGUUUACGAUAGCACUUCCCGUGAAGUGGCCACGGGUCCUAAUCCUGAAGGAGGAUUGGUGUAUUGUGAUGGCGACUUCCUCGUGGUGCAUAGUAAAGAAGACGUGAAGAUCACCGCCAUCGAGGGUACAAACUAA